UUGGCACUUCGGUUGUCUAGUCAGGCUGCUAAGUAACUUGCACUGCUCAAUCUUAUAGGAGAAUAAAAUAAAAGAAACAAAACCAAAAUCAAAGGAAUUAAUUAUUCUUCAAAUUAAAACUCUCUCUGCUCCCCCACCCCCCCCCAAAAAAAAUGAAGACAUCCUUUUUUCUAUUGGCUUGAAUUAUAACUUUUAGUUUGUUUAGUUAAACAGGAAAUUCUGCUUGUUAAAACAACUGGAAAACAAAGAUGCAAUAUGAGUUGCAGUAACCUUACUGGAGCAGACGGGUUAGCAUCUAGGAAUUUAUCCGGCUCCAUGUACAACCUCUCUGGCCAAGCCCUGCAGGUCCGGAUGGAGAACAUCACUUGUGGUGACAACAGCAGCAGCAGCAGCAGCGGUACGUCCAACUCCACAGACCAGGAGCAAUGGGGGAGCCCCUACAAGACUGUGGAACUCGUCUUCAUUGCCAUAGUGACCGGGUCUCUAAGCCUUGUCACUGUGGUGGGCAAUAUCUUAGUGAUGUUAUCCAUCAAGGUCAACCGGCAGCUCCAGACAGUCAACAAUUAUUUCUUGUUCAGCUUAGCUUGCGCCGACCUGAUUAUUGGAGCUUUCUCAAUGAACCUGUACACUGUGUACAUUAUAAAGGGAUACUGGCCACUAGGGGCGCUGGUGUGUGAUCUCUGGCUUGCUCUGGAUUAUGUGGUCAGCAACGCCUCAGUGAUGAACCUGUUGAUCAUCAGUUUCGAUCGUUAUUUCUGUGUCACUAAGCCACUGACGUAUCCGGCCAGAAGGACAACCAAGAUGGCAGGACUAAUGAUUGCUGCUGCAUGGAUCCUCUCCUUUAUCCUCUGGGCGCCCGCUAUUUUAUUUUGGCAGUUCAUAGUCGGGCAGCGUACCGUCCCUGACAGGGAGUGUUACAUUCAGUUCCUCUCCAACCCCGCCGUGACCUUUGGGACGGCGAUCGCUGCUUUCUAUCUGCCGGUGGUGAUCAUGACAGUCUUGUAUAUCCACGUCUCGCUGGCCAGCAGGAGCCGAGUCAGGAGACACAAACCGGAAGUGCGGAAAGAGAAAAAAGCAAAGCCAACUAAUUUUUUCAAAAGCCACAUCAAACAGAACAACAACAACUCCUCGAAGCUGAAUACAGAGGCCGGCGCAGCAGACACAGUAAAGAACGGAAAGGUGGAAGAGUCUGUGUCCACAAAGGUGGAGUUUAUGGUCCACCCAGAGGGGAAGGAGAGCUCCAAUGACUCCAGCACAGCUAGCAUUGCUCCAAAAGGCACAAAAGACAAAACCAACAGUGAGAUCAUCCCUGGCAGGCAAAGCACCAAACCCAUACGAAUGAACCCUGGUUCCAAAUGGUCCAAGAUUCAGAUUGUCACCAAACAAACAGGAAACGAGUGUGUCACUGCCAUCGAGAUUGUAGCAGGGGCGGCUGGCUCCACGAACAACUCUGUGCCCGAGAACCGUCAGGGCACCGUGGCUAGGAAGUUUGCCAACAUUGCCAGGAACCAAGUCCGAAAAAAGCGGCAGAUGGCAGCCAGAGAGAAGAAAGUAACCAGAACCAUCUUUGCCAUCCUUCUGGCUUUCAUUGUAACAUGGACUCCUUACAACGUAAUGGUGCUAAUCAACACUUUUUGCCAAUCGUGCGUCCCUGACACUGUUUGGGUUAUUGGGUACUGGCUGUGUUAUGUCAACAGUACCAUCAAUCCAGCAUGCUAUGCCCUUUGCAAUGCUACUUUCAAAAAGACCUUUAAAAAACUACUCAUGUGUCAGUACAAGAAUAUUGGUUCAAGGUAAACCAGAGGACAGUUACACCUUUUCAUGUGACAUUAAAGCUUUUGGUGGAAUCCACAGUUGCUUGUGGAUUAAAUCCCAAUGUAUGCUUUAGAGAUACAUUGUGAACAUUUUCCACCUGUAACUUUAAGGGUGCUUUUGGCUAAAAGAAGGCACUUUUUCAACUGUGACCUACCGCUGGAAACGGACAAGUUAAAUAUCAAGCAAGUUGCUCUUUUUGGUGCUGCAGAUAUAAUGCAUGUCUGUCAGUAUAAGAUGGACCUCCGAGGCACAGGCUGAGAUCUACACUACAGAGUUGGAAAUGAUGUCUAAUUGGCAUGUUAAAAACUUAAUAUGGAACAACGCCUUUCAGCUGUAACAAUUAAAUCAAUAAAUAAAAUUAGACAUGCCUGACAAACUUUAAAUCUGACAAUGGAAGAAAAAAAAAUGAAAUCCAUAUUCCCCUAAAAUGAUACAUGUUCUUGUUGACUCUUACAAAAACACAUGUUAAAGUCUACUACUGAGUAGUCAUAAUCCACUCAUCAAGGGUCUUCUAUCCUUAGGGAAUAUCCUUAGUAAAUCAUUGACUGAUUUUAUUCUCAAGAGAAAAAGAAACAGAAGGCAUUACAUGCAUCAUACAAAGCAAAUACUCUGCAGAUAUAAAAUACAAAAUCCCUACCAAUUACAGUCAAUGCAAAUCUCCAGAGGCAGACCAAGACAAAUAAUAUAUUUUAAAACAAGUUGCCCAUCUUGGUCUCCAAGCAUGCAGACCGAUUCAAUUGAUCUUCAGUCUGCAUCGUGUUGGGGACACUGAUGUUCUUCCAAAAUCCCCUCUUGUUUCAGAAGAUGAACAAACACUACUGAAUUGUGGAAUAACCCAAGGUGUUGAAAGAUAAUAUCUCGAUCAAACCCUAAUAAUUAUCACUGAUUCUGCCCAAACCUCCAUUUUUUAAAAAUAAUUUUCCAAUAAGGAGGGACGUGCAAACCACCAGACCUAAUGGACUCUAAGAUUCCAGUUCAAGUUCAAAACAAAAUGACAAGUGUAAACUUCUCAUUUUCAAAAGAUGCUUAAAAUUGACCUUAAACAAAUCUUUCACAAAUUCUCUGUGAAUUACCUUGACGCUGGUAGAUUUAAGAAUGGAUUGGGAUCCUAUACUCCAAAAGUUUUCCUUCUGUUUUGUAAACCAGCAGUCAGCAUGACAACACCACGGGUUUCACGGCUCUGAAUCUUUAUAUUUUCCUUAGCCACCCAAACAAAGGUAUGUAAAUACAGGAACAAUAGGAGCAUUUCAGGACCUUCAUACACAUAAAAAUGAUUACAAGUUUGCCAGUGUACUAGUGUCUGGAUGUUUGUACUUCUCCCAUCCUUGUGUUUUUUGGAACUGAUUUCAAAGUGAUAUUCCUUUACAACAGUGGUGCACAACUCAGUCCUGGAGGGCCAGUGUCCCUGGAGGUUUUUAUUCCAACUGCACCUUAAAUUACUUUAUUGGACCUUAUUAGAAGCUUAAUUGGUCCAAUUAACUAAUUUAGGGCAUGGUUAGAACAAAAACCAGGAGGGACACCGGCCCUCCAUGACCUGAGUUGUGCACCACUGCUUUACAAGUUAAAAUAUAAAGUUGUCUUGGAUGCAAAAAAAAAAAACUGGGACCUUUUUGUCAAUAGUAGAGAUCUUCAGCAAAGAAGCUUUGAUAAAUGUACUGUGAUCACUGUUGGCCUUUUUUUACUGUCAUUUUAUGACCUGAACUGGAUUCUUUGCCAUUGGUCCAUCAUGUAGGAUUCCCAGCAAAUAUGUCAUUGCUUUACACAUGUGCAGUGGAUUUACCAGACUGGGAGUUGUCAAGAUUGUAGUUGAAGUACAAUGUGCUUCAAUUUGUUAUUUGCCAUCCUUAAUAAUCCCAGGUACCGUACACCACAGAACACGCAUCUCUGAAAGAAUUCUAGUAAACCUAGUGCACAAAAGAACCAAUCAAAGCCUGGCAAUGUGGCCGGUGAUAUAAUGCAGUUGUUCCCCUCAAUUACAAUAAAUAUUUUUUCCUUUUGCUGUUCUCCAGACUAGGAACCAAUAAGAUCACAGAACAAAAAAAAGGAAAAACUUUCGCCAAGAGAAAAAUUCAGUGCGUUGCUCCAGCUAUAAAUGAAAUUGCUGUUAGUGGGUUUUGUAGAUAUUGUAUUGCAACGUACCGAUUAACUGGCAGUUGUCCGAAUACAGCACUUUUCAGGUAAUUUGAACGUGUGUACACAAGCUGUCAGCGAGGAAUGCUAGCAGAUUAUUGCCAGCAUCAGAUUACUGCUUUCUGCUUUAGCCUCUAUACUGUAUCACUGUCAGUGGUGGCUUCAUGUUGCUUUAUUACCAUCCUGCUAAGGAUCAUCAUUCAGUGUACAAUCUGUUUUCUGAAAAUGCCACUUUUCUGUUUUUAAAUGAUUUGGAACAAUGAAUACAAUUAUUUCAAUGAAAUAUCUGAAAACUGUGAACAUGACUUUGGUACUACUAUUUAGAAAACAAAGUGUGCUUAAAAUUACUCUAAACAAGUAGAAGGAAAAAACAGCAAGAGACAGCACAUAUAUGAGAAGUCUGAGCUUUUAAUUGAAAUAAAUGUAAGGUUUUGUUUUAAGAAGAAACCAUCAUACUUUAACUACCCUUAUAAAAGUUUACCACAGUAUUCCUGCACGGUAUGUUUGCAAUUUUACUAUGCAUGUACCAUAGUUUACCAUGUUUUUUAAUAUGCUUUACCAAACCUUGCUAUUCUUUACAAUGCUUAUCUAUGCUUUACCGUGCAUUCACUAUGCUUUAUAACACUUUGCUAUGCUUUAGUAAACUUUUAUAAGGGUAUAAAGAGCAGAGACAAUACUAAUUUGGUCAGUCUUCAUCCGAAUUUGAUCCAUAACCUGAAAACAGAUAUGUACAAAAAACAUUACUUUAUAGAUGAAUAUUUCUAUGAAUUUGCACAAUUUAUGGUCAUAGUUUACUUAUGGCAAAGCAUCCUAUCCUUUUUGAGUUAAAGCUCAUAUUUCACUUUAUGGUGAUGCAUUUGUUACAGCUUUGUAAUCUUAAAUGUAAUGCCACAGAUACCGCUAUGUAAAUAUUGUAUGUCAAAUAAUAAUAAUAAUUAUAUAUAUGAUCAGUAUACUGUUACAAUGUAUUUGCAGCAAUCUUUGAUUAAUUUGUGUUACCUGUCAAUUGUUACAUACCAUUUACAAUACACACAUUUUUAAAUGGUAUUUCUCGUCUCUUUUUUUAAGCAACCAAUGAAUAUUUGUAAAAAAUGGAUUACAAUCAUCAGAAGUAGAAAACAAUAGUUACUAACAUAACACCACAGAUUAGUCAAAACGUAUGUUUACCUAUACUGUACUUCAAAACCCUAAAGUACAGAUUUCAUGAUUGAGCAAUUAGCCAUAGAUGGUGUAAGUAUAGCUCCAUUAAAAUAAUGCACAGAAACCAAAUCAAUACUUGACAAACAAAAUCG